CCAUGAGUUAGCCACUAUAGUCAGCAUUUCUGUACCUCUUGAUCAUGUUCCUCUGUCUUAGUGCAGAUUUUUGCCAGUCUAUCUCUUAUGGUCAUUAAUUCACCACAACACACACCAUUAUCUUUCUCUUUCUUCUUUAUUUAUCUUUCUACAUACUUCUUUUUAUUUUUUAUUUACUUUUUGUUUUAUCUUAAAUAUAUUUACACCAACAAUAUACUCUCAUUUUCUCUUCAAAGUUAUCAUCUUAACACAAAAUAGGAGAAUGGGUUACACCAAACUCCCAAAAGUACUCUUCCUACUCUUCACCUUAAUUCUUGCAGCUAAAGUUAUACAAGGAGUUGAAACAAAAGGGUGGAGAUAUCAAUCCUCACAACCCCAAAGAGAAACAAGUUUGAAGGGUAGCAAUGAAUCAUGGAAAAUAAGAAAUUCUAGAAGAUUGAUGAUUGGUUCCACAGCACCAAUUUGUACUUACAAUGAAUGUAGAGGUUGCAAGUAUAAAUGCAGAGCUGAGCAAGUCCCUGUUGAAGGAAAUGACCCAGUCAAUAGUCCAUAUCACUACAGAUGUGUUUGUCAUAGAUGAUAUAAAUUAUAUUAUCAUAGUAUAGUCAUUAAUAGAUUUAUUUAUAUAACAUAAUGUUGAUUUUGUGUUCUAGUUUAGUCAAAAAAAAAAAAAAAACAAUUUUGUGUUCUAGUUCUAGUAGAAUUGAGUUUAUCUUUAACCCUUUUCUAAUUCUAGCCGUUGUUAGUGCUUGUGCUAUAAUGUUGAAAAAUAUUUGCAUUUGCUAUGUUGUCCUUCAAUUAAUAGUUAGAAGCCUAUUUGUUAUGUUUCA